UCGGCUUAUCAAUGGCAAGGGGAAGAUUGGAGUAGUAAGGCCGUUGACUCAUAUUAUAGAGAAGCAUUACGGCUUACAGCCAAACCAACUCAGCCUAAAGUACCCAGAGCACCUAAACAAAUAGUUAUCACCGAAUUUCAAUUCUACCCCCCACGGUUAGUAGAAUUAUUAAAACGAGAGAUGUAUUAUCAACAA